AUGGACAGAAGGCUGUGGGAGGCUGCACAAAAAGGAGAUAUUCAUCACUUGCAAAACUUGAUCAAAGAAGACCCUCUUCUUCUCAGGGCAGUUUCAUUAGCAGGUAAUGAAACUCAUCUCCAUAUUGCUUGUUUAGGUGGCCAUCUUGAGUUUGCUAAGGAGAUCAUUCAUUUGAGGCCAGAAUUUUCAAGAGACCUAAACCAGGAUGGUUUCAGCCCUUUGCAUAUUGCCUCAGCAAAUGGGAAUACAGAGAUUGUGAAGCAGCUCUUGAGCGUUGACCGUGAUCUCUGCCUUGUCAAAGGGAAGGAAAGAAGAACUCCCCUUCACCAUGCAGUAAUCAAAGGCAGAAAACAUGUUAUGAGGGAGCUUCUUGUGGCUUUUCCAUACUCUGCAGCAGAAGUGACUGCUCGUGGCGAGACUUGUCCGCAUUUAGCUGUCAAGAAUCAUCAGUUUGAAUCAUUCAAAUUAUUACUUGAGAACCUCAAGGAAUUUAACAAGUAUGAUCUUUUAAGCAAGAAGGACAUUCUAGGAAAUACUGUUUUGCAUCUUGCUGUGUCAACUAAGCAAUACGAGGUUGUUGAUCUAUUGCUCGACGAAAAUAUUGUUGCCAAGGGCACGAUAGAGGUGAAUUCUUUGAACAAGGGAGGCCUUACACCUUUGGAUGUGCUACUUAAGGCAUCCGGAGAUGGAGAUAUUGAGGAAAUUCUAAGAGCAUGUGGUGCUGUAUCUGUUGAAAACAUGCAAACUUCACAGCAAGAAGCUUCGCCCCAAUCUUGGGUUGCAGUUCAAGAUCCAUCAAAUGUACAAUCCAGCAGAGAGCACAGGAGAGAUCAGCCUCGAUCUCGAUCUAAGAAGCUUCAAGAUUACUUCAAGUACAAUAAAACCAAAGAUCCUCCAGGAAAAGUAAGAGACACCCUUCUUGUGAUAGCUAAUUUAAUUGCAACAGCAACUUAUCAAGCAGUGUUAAGUCCACCAGGAGGUGUUUGGCAGGACACUUACUGGCCCGACGCUAAUAACAGCACCAGCAAUGAUGGAAAAAUGUCCUCACCACGUAUCGCAGGUCAGUCAGUGAUGGGAACCAUCAAUCCAAUUACCUAUGGGUUGUUCUUGGUUUUCAACUCCAUCGGAUUUUUUGUAUCUCUUCACAUGAUAAAUUUCCUCACCGUAGGAUUUCCUUUGCAAUUGGAACUGCAAGUUUCACUUGUUGCCUUGAUAGCAACCUAUGAUACUGUGAUGUCUGCCAUAACGCCUAUCGGGGGAAUUUCUAUCUUCUUUUCUAUCUUCUCUUCAGUAUUUCCAAUCUUGUUGCCUUACAUUACAAUGUUGGUGAGAAACUACUGGAAGAAACCUAGAUUCUUAUCAAGACGUAGGAAUUGUUCAGAUAUUUCUCUUCCAAUUACCCUGGUUAAUUGA